AUGGGGCAGGGAGACGGUGGCGUGAUCUACAUGGCGAAGUGGAGGGGGCUCGACGUGGUGGCGAAGAUGCUGCGAUCGGAGGAGGAGGCGGACGGGAACAUCAGCAGGGAGGUCGCAAGGAAUGACCUGCUCAACGAGAUCUGCGUGCUCUCGCACCUCCGGCAUCCCUGCCUGGUCAUGUUCCUCGGCGCCGUGCUGUCGGGAGACAGCAUCCUCAUCCUUAACGAGUACAUGCCGGGCGGCAACCUCGAGGAGUUCUUCCUUAUCCGGCAGAGGGCCCAGGGGUACCCGUGGUGCCCCCCGAUGGAGAAGGUGCUGCAGCUGGGGAUCGAGCUGGGGAGGGCGCUCGGCUUCCUACACAACUGCAACCCCCCAGUCAUCCACAGGGACCUGAAGCCCGCAAACUUGCUCCUGAGCUCGUCGGGCAAGUUGAAGGUCUGCGACUUCGGGCUGAGCAGGGUGAAGAACGGGUUCCGGCACGGCAGGUACAGGAUGACAGGGAAGACAGGAAGCCUGCGGUACAUGGCGCCCGAGGUGUUCCAGCAGGACCCCAGCUAUGACGAGCGGGUAGACAUCUACUCUUUUGCCAUGAUCCUUCACUUCAUCUGCAAUGGCGUCCGCCCCCUCCCCGGCCUGUCCGGGCAGACGGUGGCGCUGCGAGCAGCGAGGGACGGGGCAAGGCCGCCGCUGGACGCCAUCCUCAGUCAGAGAGGGGCCCCGCUGGCCGAGCUGAUCAGGAGGAGCUGGUCGACUGCUCCCUCCGAUCGACCGACGGCUCUUGAGAUGUUGCAGGAGCUGGAG